UUAGCUGUGAAAUUAUUGGAAGAUGCCAAAAGGGUUAUGAGAAAGAGCCUUUUAUUUAUUUAAUUUUUUUUCACAUGCAAACAUCACAUGCCCAUCUCUGUUUCACUUCUUGAUUCAAACACCCCAAUCAUUUUUUUGCUGAAAAAUGCAUUAUUAUUAUUACUACCUUUAGUCUAUAUAUAUAAUAUUUAUUGUUUAGUUUCCUCUCUCUGAAUCAUGGCAGACACUAACUUUAGCUCUCUGAAAAAGGCAACUGGAAAAUUUCUAAACCUUCCAUGGAAAAUAAGAAGAAGAUCAAGAAACAAGGUACUGGAGAUGGAUAGUUUCUCAACGAUGGAAUCAUCCCAUCAGUUGAGACAUGUCUUCAAGUUCUUGGAUUCCAAUGGAGAUGGAAAAAUAUCGCAAAUGGAACUGAGCCGAGUUUUACUGAGGCUAGGUAAGAACAAGUCAUUGGCUGCAAAGGAAGCGGAAGGAAUGGUGAAGGAAAUGGAUCGAAACGGGGAUGGGUUCGUGGACAUGGAUGAGUUCAUGAGCGUGUUGAUUAGAGAAGAAGAAGAUGAAGAGAAUUUGAUUAAAGAUGCUUUUAUGGUGUUUGAUUGUGAUAAGAAUGGUUAUAUUUCUGCUAGGGAAUUGCAGAAAGUUAUGGUGAAUUUGGGUUGUGUGAAUUGUAGCUUGAAAGAAUGUAGGAAGAUGAUUCAUGGAGUGGAUAGAGAUGGAGAUGGGUUUGUGAAUUUUGAGGAAUUUAAAUUUAUGAUGACUGGUUUUUUGGGUUGAAU